AUGGCUCCGUCUAGAGCUCGCGCAGAAGAACCCUCCGACCAAGACUCAGGAAACGAAGACUUUCCGUCACCUGCACCUAAGCGUCGACGUGUCUCACCGCCUCGUGAAGAUGAAGCCAACAUUUCGGAGGAGAAUCAACUGCCUGCAUUCCCUCAGUCCGCAACUACUCUAUCUCGAGUCAGACGCACAGUUGACGAUGCCCGAAGACCUUCCAAUUCGACAGCGGGACCCACUGAAUCUAUUCCGGCAGCCUCUACGAGUACUUUCGCCUCAUUGAGCGUCUCACCAUGGCUGGUACACUCUCUAGCCGCGAUGGCAAUCAAGAACCCAACAGACAUUCAACGGGCAUGCAUACCACAAAUAUUGGCAGGAAGAGACUGCAUCGGUGGCUCACGGACGGGUACGGGGAAAACGGUGGCAUUUGCGGUGCCCAUUCUCCAGAAAUGGGCUGAAGACCCCUUUGGAACCUACGCCGUCGUGCUCACCCCGACACGCGAGUUGGCACUGCAGAUAUUUGAGCAGUUCCAAGCGCUGGGAACACCGCAGAACCUCAAGACCGUGCUGAUCACAGGGGGGGUGGACAUGCGCCCUCAGGCGUUAGCGCUGGCGGCCCGUCCACAUAUCGUGGUUGCGACGCCUGGACGACUCGCAGACCACAUCCUGACUUCGGGGAAGGAGACGACAGUCGGUUUGUCGCGUGCCAAAGUCGUUGUCUUCGACGAGGCAGAUCGAUUACUUGCCCCAGGCUCCGGGUCAAUGCUUCCCGACAUCAACACCUGCUUGUCCGCCGUUCCACCAUCACCGUCGAGACUCACCCUUCUAUUCACCGCAACCGUGACGCCGGAAGUGCGCGCUCUCAAGGACGCUCCCCGGCCGAAAGAUCGCCUCCCCAUUUUCGUAUCAGAAAUCGCCGACCCCGAUGAUCCUUCCUCCUUCUCACCAUCCACAUCCACAUCCCUCACCACAAACACCACCAAAAGCCUUCUUCCCCCAACUCUCUCCCAAACUUACCUCCAAGUCCCGAUGACACACAAAGACGCCUUCCUGCACGUCCUCCUCUCGGUUCCAUCAUUCACACAACCACCAGCGGGCUCCUCCUCCCCCGCGCCACCAAGCAUCAUAAUCUUCACGAACCGCACCAGCACAGCAGACCUGCUACACCGCACACUCCUCCUGCUCUCCCACCCCGUGACAUCUCUCCACUCAGCCCUCCCCCAGACGCAACGGGCACGGAACCUGUCGGACUUCCGCUCCCAGAAAUCCCGCAUCCUGAUCGCGACAGACGUGGCGUCGCGCGGCCUGGACAUUCCAGAUGUGCGCGUCGUCGUCAACUACGACGUUCCGCGUAACCCGACGGACUAUGUGCACCGGGUGGGGCGAACGGCGCGAGCGGGGCGGGAGGGCACGAGUGUGACGUUUGUGGGCCAGCGGGAUGUCAGUCUCGUGCUGGCGAUCGAGGAGUAUGUUGGUGGUGGGGGGAUGGUGGAGUGGGGUGAGGAGGGCGUGAAUGUUGAGACGCGCGUGGUGAGGGGGAGGACAUUGAAGGACGUCGCUGAGGCGAGGAUGGAAGCGUUGAGGGAUGUCGAGGGCGGGAAGGACGUUACUGGUUGGAGGCGGAGGAUUAAGAAGGAUACGUCGAGGGGUGGGAGUAAGUGA